AUGGGAAAGAACCAACGAACGGAUCCAGCUUGGAAGUAUGGAAAAGAAAUUGAAAAGACGGGAGGUGACAAAAAGUCAUACGUUUACAUCGAGUGUAUGUUUUGCAAGCGGAUGAAGGAACACUUAGCAUGUACUCACAAGAGUGUAGCUCCAUGCCUUGGAGUUCCUAUGGAUGUUAAACAAGAGAUUACGGAGUAUAUGAAUGUUGGAAACAUGAAAAGACACUUAUCACAACAACAACUUGAAGAUAUGGUCGAGCUUGGUUCUUAUUAUGAGAAGAAUGAUAAAGAAAAAGAUUCUAUGAGAGGCAUUAGAGUACCAAUGGAUAGGUUUGUUCAAACAUUGGUGGUGAUGAUGAGACACAUCCAAAGAUGA